AUGUCGUUGAUCGACAUCGUCACUGGUAAUUUUGCAAUGACAAGAAGAGGUGUCCAAAUCUUGGAUAUGGAUGUCAAUGGUAUAGCCAGAGGAUGGAACACCGUUGCCUCUGAUUGUAUAACCACUUAUCCUCCUGUACAAACAUUGAUCCCUUCUCAAUAUGCAUUGGAAGAUAAUGGAAACAAACGUUAUAUGUACAAGGUCAAAAACGGAGCUGGUUACCUCAUUGCUGAAUGCAAUGGUGAUGCUUUGUGGUUCAGUAACAAUGCCUAUGAUGAUACCUAUGUUGUAUUCACUCCAAUUGUUUACCAAUAG